AUGGCCCUUCUCUCUUCUUUCGCAGCUGGUCUCCCACGACCUCUGCCCCAGGACGACAGUGCUAUUGGCAUUGAAGUCGCCGUCUCUGCUCCCGAUGGUAUCCCCAUUACGAAUACCAUCGAACUUGCAUCUCAAAGAGCCCGCGAGGCCGCGCAGACUGCUGCAGCCCCUGCUGUGACGCCUAUGUACGGUGCCGCCAGCUAUGGCGCUGAGCAUCAGCAACCCAAGCAUGAAGCUCCUGUUCCUCAGGUCGAGCAGCCCAAACACGAGCCUCCCAAGCACGAGGUCCCUGCUCACGUCACUACGCCAGUCCAUGUCCCAGCCCACACUCCUGUUGAGCAACCUGCUCAUACCCCCGUUCACACUCCCGUGGAGCAACCCGCCCAUACCCCCGUUCACACUCCCGUGGAGCAACCCGCCCAUACCCCCGUACACACCCCCGUCGAGCAACCCGCUCACACCCCCGUGCAUACCCCUGCCCACGAGCCCGCUCACCCCAUUCCCACUCAUGGAUCCGGCAGCGCUCCCUGGAGUAACCAGGAUUACAACGACUGUGUUUCGAAGUGCAUUGCUACCUACGGCCAGGCUCCUGGACAGUACAAGCCCACCGUCACUGAGCAGCAACAUGAAGCCACAGGCACUGGUGCCACCCACACUGUCAUCGUCGCUCCCACUCAGGGUGUCCUGCGAUACAUUCCCUUCGCAGUCAACGCCUCUGUCGGCGACACCAUCAAGUUCAUGUGGGGUGCUGACAACCACACCGUGACCAAGUCCACUUCCCUCUUGCCCUGCAACCGAACCGGCGAGGCUGCUUCUUUCAGCUCUGGCAUCCAGAACAAUGGCUUCGUCUUCACUCAAGUUGUCAACGACACCAAGCCCACUUACUUCUUCUGCAAUGCCCCCACUCACUGCCAAAAGGGAAUGUUCGGUAUCAUUAACCCUGCUACCCAGUUCGCCUCUCCCUCUUCAGUCGGGCUUCAGAUGUCCAAGCUUGCUGCGAAGAGCGCCAACGUUGCUGGAUACAGUGAUAUCACCAGGCAGGCUACCAAGGACAGCGACGCUAUCAGCCGCUGGGGUAGCAACAUCGACAUGGCUGAGAUCCCCGACUGGGCACAUGAAUUUGUUGCUGAGAACGUUCUCUACACUCGCAACUUCUUGGCCGCCAACCCCGAGGUCAUGAAGGAAGAUGGAAGCAUUGACUUGAGCACCGCCUCUACCGUUCCUCUCGCCAUUCCUCAGGACGUUGCUGCUGCCUUGAACAACGCCGGUUCUUCCGAACCUGCCAGCUCAGACGCGCCCGCUGAGGCUUCUACUCCUGCCGCCACCUCCGAUGCUCCCGAGGUUACUGGCAACGCCGAGAACCUCAACUCUGGUAGCUCCAGCACCCUUGCUUCCCCCAAGGUGUUGCUCGCUGUCGUUGCUGUCGUCGCCACUUUGUUGAUGUAA